GCUGUGAGCGCGGGUGCACUGGAUGUGGGAUACUGAGUGGGAUCAGCACCACAGAUAGAUCAGAUGGCAGAUAUUCUCAAUGUGUCAGACAGGGCAAGACUGGCAACUCAAGAAAACGGCAUGCAUAAUGUUUUUGGAUCAUUUAUGUGGACUUUAUGCUACACUUUUUGGACAUUAUUGGUGCAGCUCCAUUUAUAACUAGAACCUAAAGAACUAUGCAAGAACACAGCAGGAGACUUCUGGAAGACAAAAACAAGUGGGACCAACACUGACGAAACCAUCUGCGCACAAGACAUUUCCUCCAUGUGCCCCCUGUCACCUGCCCCCUGCUCUGCACCUUGAGGUCCUGUGACCUGUGUGUCUGUACACAGUUGCAUGAAGCAGGUGGAUCACAGCCCACAGAGGGAUGAGUCUGGAGAGGUCCAACCACCACAGCUUUGUGUCUUGUGAAGACGAGAGCUUCAGACUCAGUACCAUGCCUGCUGUUGGCACUUUUGGCAAUGGCAAAAUACAAACACGACGGCGAUACCACACCCGCUUCGUCAGCAAGAGUGGACAGUGUAACAUCCAUUUCUCCAACAUGGAUGAGCUGUCGACGAGGUACCUGUCGGACAUUUUUACCACCUGUGUGGACAUUCGAUGGAGGUUCAUGUUCCUGCUCUUCAGCCUGGCCUUUGUGAUGUCCUGGCUGUUGUUUGGUUUGGCAUACUGGGUCAUUGGCACGUUGCAUGGGGACAUGGAAAACAAUGAUGAGAACUUUAUUCCUUGUGUGACAAUGGUGAGGUCCUUUGUAGCAGCAUUUCUGUUUUCCAUCGAGACGCAGACGACUAUAGGGUACGGAGCUCGUUGUGUGACAGAGGAGUGCCCUGCUGCUGUUUUUAUGGUUGUCUUUCAGUCCAUUAUGGGCUGCAUCAUUGACGCCUUCAUGAUUGGGGCCAUUAUGGCAAAGAUGGCGCGGCCUAAGAAACGUGCUGAAACGCUCCUGUUCAGUCAUAACGCAGUCAUUGCCAUGCGAGAUGGAAAGUUGUGUCUCAUGUUCCGAGUGGCCAACCUGAGGAAGAGCCACAUAGUGGAGGCUCAUGUGCGGGCUCAGCUAGUGAAGCCUCGGUACACGGAGGAAGGAGAGUACAUCCCUCUGGACCAGCUGGACAUGAAUGUGGGCUACGACAAAGGCACGGACCGCCUGUUCCUGGUCGCUCCCCUCACAGUCAUCCAUGAGAUAGAUGAUGAGAGCCCCCUAUUUGGUAUCAGCAAACAAGACCUGGAGACAGCAGAUUUCGAGAUCAUCAUUAUCCUGGAGGGUCUGGUGGAGGCCACAGCCAUGACAACCCAGGCACGGAGCUCAUACCUGCCCUCAGAGAUCCUGUGGGGGCACCGCUUUGAACCAGUGGUCUUUGAGGAGAAGAACCAGUACAGGAUUGACUACUCUUAUUUUCACAAAACAUUUGAAGUACCGUCCACACCCAGAUGCAGUGCCAAGGACAUGGAGGAGAGGAAGUUGCCAACAUCUGGGGCUAAUUCUUUCUGCUAUGAGAAUGAGCUGGCUUUCAUCAGUCGUGAUGAGGAGGAGGCAGAGGAGGAGCACAGAGGGCAGCAGAAGCGUCUUUCUGGACUGUCUACUCCGGGCAGUGACCAGGCUUCUUCUCGCAGAGAGUCUGAGAUCUGAGGCAGUCCUUUUCUCUGCUCCUUGUGUGGAGAUGACACACAGGCCCAGUGACUGUCAGUGCAUUGGCACGAGGAGCCUGAUCAUGACCAGCCGAGGGUAUAUUUGAAAUACUCUUUAGAUUUUGAUAUGAAACAGGGAAGACAUUUUGCUUUCCUCAAGCAUAUGAAAAGAUACAGGGUAACUAUUGUUUGGUCAUUUGAAGAAUUGACUGAACCAAACUGCAAAGUAUUUUUUGCAAAUAUCUAAGAUGUUUUUGGCUGAUCAUAUUUUAUAUAGAAAACAGUGGAUCAAUGAAGAUUUUCAUGAAUGGCUGGCACUUAAUUAAAGAACACAGGUUAGGUAUAUGUCUUUUAUGAAGACAAGAGUACUACUUUCUGGCAGCAAAUGACAACUAAGAUGUACAAUGAUGUGAACUUUACCUAAAUUUAAGCUUAACCCAUCAGUAUUGUGUUAUUGCCUGAGCGUAGUCUGUAUGCUACUGCUAAGUCUGUUCCCUGUACAUCACAGCAUCAACAAAAACAAACACUUCCCAUCUGAAA